CUCACUCUGGCGGAGAGAGCUCUGCAACAAAACCAGCACCACUCCCACUGAGAGAGGACAGCAGGAGGGAGUACUGGGAGUACUGGUUCCACUGGGAUACUGGGAAUACUUACACUUUAACCAGGUACUGAAUCCACCAACUGAAGCAGACUUUAAAAGAACUCAGAACGAAAGAGAAAGUAACUUUCAGGGACGGAGAGGGGCUUUCUAUUUGUCUGCAGCGUCUCCAGCUUCACUCCAGACAAAAUGGCGUCCAAGUUAGAGGAGGAUCUGAGCUGUCCGGUCUGCCUGGACAUCUUUAAACAUCCCGUCAUCCUGUCCUGCAGCCACAGCUUCUGUAGAGAGUGUGUGGAGAAGAGCUGGAAGGAGAAGGAGGACAAGGAGUGCCCCAUCUGUAAGAGGAGACACUCAAAGGGAUUAUUUUCUCCAGUUUGUGCUUUAAAGAAUCUGUGUGAGACUUUUCUGCAGGGGAGAAAACAAAAAGCUCCAGAGGAUCUCUGCAGUCUGCAUCAGGAGGAGCUCAAACUCUUCUGUCUGGACCAUCAGGAGCCGGUGUGUCUCGUCUGCAGAGAUUCAGAAAAACACGAUGAGCACCAAUUCACACCCAUCAAUGAAGCUGUUCAACAACACAAGAAGAACCUUGAGGAAACUCUGCAGCCCUUAAAGAAGAAGUUAGAGGCUCUUAAAGACGUUCAAGUGAAGUUUGAUCAAACAGAAGCUCACAUGGAGGUCCAGGCCCGACACACAGAGAGGCAGAUUAAGGAGCAGUUCAAGAAGCUUCAUCACUUUCUAGCAGAGGAAGAGGAGGCCAGGCUGCGAGCACUGAGGGAGGAAGAGGAGCAGAAGAGGCAGAGGAUGAAGGAGCAGAUGGAGGCUCUGAGAGCACAGAUAGCAGAUCUUUCACAGACAGUCAGAGCCACAGAGGACCAGCUGACGGCCCAAGACGUCUCCUUCCUGAAAAACUACAAGGCUGCAGUGGAGAGAGUCCAGCAGCGCCCCCUGCUGGAGGAGACACAGCUGCCCUCAGGAGCUCUGAUAGACCAGGCCAAACACCUGGGCAACCUGGCCUUCAAAAUCUGGACCAAGAUGAAGGACAUGGUCUCCUACACGCCAGUCAUUCUAGACCCAAACACUGCUGGAUUAAGACUCAUCCUGUCUGAUGAUCUGACAGCUGUGAGAGGAGGAGGAGGGAAACAGCAGCUUCCUGAUAAUCCAGAGAGGAUUGUUUGGCCCCCCUCUGUCCUGGGCUGUCAGGGCUUUAACUCAGGUACUCACAGAUGGGACAUUGACGUCAGGGACUGUAUAUACUGGUUCCUGGGAGUGUUACCAGAGUCUGCUGAGAGGAAGGGAUACAUAUUGUCUAGAGUUUGGGCAGUACGGUUCUGUUUUGAUUCUCCCAGAGAAGAUCUCUGUGAGCGUGGAACCAAACUAAACAAACAUGAUGUUAUGAUGGCAUUUGAUCCAGUCACUUCUGGAUCAUUUCAUGCUGCUCAUUUUUUACAAGAAGUUUGUGGCAAAUUCAUGACACUUGUUUGAAGAGAAGAAGUCAGUGGGGGUUGAUCUGGGGGGAUUGAUCAAUUGAUCACCUGUAGAGAACAGGUAGCAGCUAUUAUUUGACUUUUCAUGGAUGAUUUCUGAGAUGUGCUGCUGUCUCAGCACUUUCAUUUCUUUAUUGUAGCUGCUAAGUGUAUGUUUGGAGACUUCUGAAUGGAUCUGAACUUUGUUCUUUGGCCGUUGACGUUCAGCCUUUCUCUGAGAUCUUUUUAGCAUCCUCAGCUUUUCCCCAUUUCUCCAAGGAGCCUUUGGUGUUUGCUUCAUUUGUUGACAGAAUCCACAUUCUGCUGUUAUUAACUGACUUUCCUGAAGCUGAAAUAUGUUUUCUGGUUACUUUAAAAUUGACUUUUAAAUCCUUUUCAUUCAUGUUGUCAUUGAAAUGUUCAUAUAAUCCAGACCUGAGUCUAAUCAACUCAGGUUUGAUUUUUGAAUUUCUGGAGUAUUCUUGGUACAUAUUUUUGCUGAAGCUUUGUCAAAAUAAAUUGGGUUUUUAAACUCCAGUUUUAGUUCUUGGUUGGAUUUUGUCAAAAAAACUCAAUAAUCUCAGACGAGCGUUCAUAAAGGUUGUUCUCUGGUCCUGGUGUUUUGUUCUGCUUAAGGUCCAUUUACACCCCUCCCCUCCUCACCCUACUCCAGCAGAGAAAGUCAAACUAAAGUGUCUGACCCUCAAUAGUUCAUGAAGCUUGUGCUACACUGUAUUACUCUUCUCAGUGUCAGCACAAUGCAGUGCUACCAUGCUAAUACUGUAAACAAACAUUUUGACAAGAAGGAUUUAUGGCUGGUUUUUAGGGACUUAAUUAAGACGACACUAUAAAUAGUAAAGAUAUUGGCAACCGAAAUAAUAAAGACAACUUGAUUUAUAACACCCUAAUGGAUUACAGCAGCAAAUAGCAGCACCAAUCAUGUUCCAGGGGCGGAGCCAGUGGUAGCCAGAGCUGACUAGCCCCCCCCCCCCAAAUUCUGAUUGGCCUCCUCAAAAUCUUUAAA